GGGGUGGGUGAGCAGCAGCAUCAACUCGUGCUUGGGCCCGGGGCGCGGGAAAGAGAGGAAUGGCCAAGCAUCAUCCAGAUUUAAUCUUUUGCCGCAAACAGGCUGGAGUCGCCAUCGGGAGACUGUGCGAGAAAUGUGACGGGAAGUGUGUGAUCUGUGACUCUUACGUGCGCCCCUGCACAUUGGUGCGGAUCUGCGACGAGUGUAACUACGGCUCCUACCAGGGCCGCUGUGUCAUCUGUGGGGGGCCCGGGGUCUCCGAUGCCUAUUACUGCAAGGAGUGCACCAUCCAGGAGAAGGAUCGAGACGGCUGCCCCAAGAUCGUCAACCUGGGCAGCUCCAAGACCGAUCUCUUCUACGAGCGGAAAAAGUACGGGUUCAAGAAGAGGUGAUCCGUUGGCGCUUUCCUCCGCCUCCCCGCCCUCCCCUCCCCAUCUCACUGCUGCAGCUGCCCGAGAAGAAACGCCCCCCACCAACCAGCCAAGAAGAGAAACCGAGCCCCGCGUAGCGCCGUGUUUAUUUAUCUGUGGGCAUCGGGCCUCUCUUCCCCCGCCUCUCUCCCGCAAUGUGGCGGGGGAGGAUGAGUGUCGCCGACCUGAAAUUCGGGGAAAACGCGUCACCCGGGAAAAGCACUUGAAAUGCUGGUCCCAUCUCAGGUGAGGAGCUAGAGUCCGUCCGCCACUUUGGAGGUGGUCCCUGCACGGGGGGUAGGACGGUUUAGCCCCUUCCAGAUUAGUAGCCUUGGGGGGGGGAGCGUUAGGGUCUUCCCCCUCCACCUCUGUAGGGGUGCGUAUGUUUCCCCCGCCCCCGAGAAUCUCCGGGAUGCAGCGUUUUGAACGGGGCGGGGAGAGAGGUGUCAGAACAGUAAUAGUGGGUAUAUUAAAUGUCAAAACAGCCAGGAGGUGUGGGGGGAUGAUUGUACUUGUUUGUAUUCCCCUGAUGAAGAAAGACUUAAGAUCCUUUGUGUAGCUGCAGUGUGUGAGUUUAUUAAAGUUUUUUUUCUUCGUUCUUUUCUACUCA